AGUAACAAAUGUCCAUAGCUACAACAUCCGGGAACGUUUGCGUCCAUAGUUACCAAACAUUUGGCGGAAAAAGGUCCGGCUGUGUUGACAAGUAAUGACUACAAAUACGUUCUUGUCGCUUUUAGUUUGAAAAUAUGGAAAUUAUCAGAGGUAGUUUAGACAACAUAUCCCGCCCUGCAUCAAGUGAACAAACAGGUAGCCGCGUGUCUAGUGUAUCAUUGCCUCAUAGAGACAGAAUCUGUCCUACAACUCCAUUUUCCCUUGUUGUUUUGUCCAGUGAUGCUGCUGAUAUUCAGAUUCACAGCAGCUCUAAAGAAUCUGCAGCAUCUAGCCCCAACUCAUCAGUGAGAGAUCCUGGCAAAGACGAGUGUCAGGCUGUCACUACUGAGGAAGAGGAUGAAGAUUCCAAGCUGCAGAGAGCUAUUGAAGAAAUGAGACGGCUUGAUGAAAUACUGUAUGCAAAAAUCUGCAGAGAAAAAGAAAUCCAAUGUCAGAGGAAAGAACUUCAAGCAAAACUCUGGCAAGAGCUCCUGCAGAAUAAACCCGAAGGUCACUCUGAAUGUGCUCAUGAAGCUUUAAACACAAAGUUGUUUUUGGCAUUGGAAGCACCCACUGGAACAGAAAAAGAGGACAACUUUAUACCUGUGUUUGAAACUCAGGUUUCAGAAUGUGGACAUGACAGAGACAACCAGCAUUUGGAGCAAAGUGAAAAGAAGCCAGACAGCUUGACAGGCUCAUUUGAAGUUGGCUACAAAGACAAAGCAGAAGACCAGUUUGAAAGCAGCCACUGUGGUGUUCCCAAAGGCAUGAAUAAACAGAAGGACUUUGUCAAAAGAAACAUCGAGUUAGUAAAUGGUGAAGGGGGUCAAGUGUUUUUGACCCAGGCAGAGAAAGAGCGUCUGGCUGAGCUCCUCCAAGAAAUAGACGAAGAGGAAGAGGACAGUGCCAGAGGCGCAGACAGCGAGGGGACCAUGUGGGCUGUGUCAGUCCUGACAGACCAGGGUUACACCCCUGAGCCCUCCGACCUGGAGCAGCUGAUUGACAUCGACUCCAAAAUUCACCAUCUCCAUCCUGACAACGAUUUUCACGCUUACACAAGCUCUUACACAGACCUAUGCAUGUCUCAGGGCCCUGGCUCGAGGGUUGGCUGGAAGUGCUUUGGGGACCUGCAGCCAGGAGAGAAGGUCCUGCAGGAUAUAAAGGAGAGGAGAGGGCAGGAGAGGCGGCUCAGAGAGAUCCAACAGCAGCUGGAGAUCCUGGGCCAAGGCCAGGAGAUGACUGAUCGUUUACCAGAUCUUACUGAAGAGCAGUUACUUAGCCUGCUGGAUGAAUGUGAGCUGACUGAGAGAUGCAGCCAGGACCUCCAGACGAAUCACGCAGCGCCGUGAGACGUUCAAAAAGACUGGACUCAACCUGAAGCCCUGCUUUCAAAAUGCACAAUUUCUAGAAUCUUUCUAUGAAUUCUCGUAGAGAAGCUGUGAAGCUUUUAGAUUGAUAAAGCUGUUAUAAUGACCCUGUCAUUUACACACUGAUACAAACUUCUGAACAUUUUACAUAAUGUGACUAUAGCAGAAAAAAUGUAGUCCUACGAUUUUGUUGACUAAAAAUGAAAGCUGUUAUUUUUGUCCUAAUUGGUGUCAGUGUUUUCAAUACGCAGCUGGGUUGCAACCCAUUGCUUUUAUUUGUUCAUGUUUCUCCGUGAGGAAACAGAGCAGCGGGGCCACUCUUUGUAUUAACCCAAGUAUCAUACAUGAGAACAGAAAAUUGCUGUCAUUAAGUCUAAUAACUGGGUACGGCUGCCGCAGAAUGUUCUCCUGCACACAAAAACAUUAGCUGAUAGUAGCAGUCUCCGUGGGCUGAAGCCUGAACGCUACCAUGUUUUGAAGUUAAGCCCUCUCUUAUGAAAUGUCAUGUGUAUGUGGUAGUAAUGUGCAUCCGACAUGGCUGCUAAUGAGGACAGAGGGAUGAUGUGGAGUGAUUGUCCAGCUCCGAGCAUUCCAGUCAUUCCUGCCUCUAUAGGUGAUCAGCUUCAGAGUGGGUCAGAUUAGUAGGAUCUUCUGAAAUGAGACCCUGUGUGACCUCUUUCUAAGCUUAAUUUUCAUUUAAAUAAGAGGAUUCCGCUGACAAAAGGAUGCCAGCUUUGAGCUUUGAGAAUGGUUUUUGGUUUGUUUGAGAGAUUUGUGAAAGCCGUUGACAUGGUUCCUAUUUGCUGCAGCUUGCACAGCGUGAGUAGCUUGUCUGCACCUGGCUGACCUCGACCCAGAGGCCGUGCCUUUCUCCUCUCCUGGCACAGGACACCUACAGGCCUGUUCAUCUCGCUCUUCACCUCGGCCACACGUUCUGACCCCAUCUAAGCGGCAGGAGUUAUCUCACAUUCCUCUGGACUGAAAACACGUUGGCCAGGUGAAGCUCCAAGGUCAAAUCCCAUUGAGAGCCCUGCUAUCGGUGAGCUUAGCUGCAGUAUCUGCCCAGGAAUCUGAGCAGACACCUCAGCACAGGCCUGACAUUCAAACACUUUUUAGACUGACUGCAUUAGAUUAAACUUAUUUCUUUUACCAUUGUCAUACAUUUUAUAAUGAUUCCAUAGAUACUUCUGCACAUGCUGCAUUUUUGUCUGUUUUCCAAAUACCAUGUAUGUGACUGACACAAUAUAUUUUCAGAGGGGAAGAUAUAGUGCUCACUUGGGGUAAUGGAAACACAGUGAGCUCAUUAUGGUUAGAAUGAGGUCACUUCUAAUGUAAAGAGACCUGUGGCAUACUGAGACUGUCUGGCUUCUCUGGCACUGGUGCCUUAGAUUACAACUCUCUCUGACCCUGUGAAAGAUUUAAGUUAGUAAUCUGAUUUCCGUUUGCAGAUGAUAUAUACUUGUGGAGUUUCUUAUAGCGUAAGUCGGUGAGACGUCUAUGGGUAGGUACUUAUCGAUUAAGUUAUAUUUAGACGUUUUUAUGAAAACUAUGGAAUUUCAGUGCACAUUCCUACAGUCCCACGUGGACCACAUACAUAACUUAAGUUCACUUCCCCAAAGUUUGUGAAUUUAUUCCUCUGGGGCGUAAAAUUCCGUAUGUCUACUGCUCACGUGGGCCGCUGCCGUUUGAAGGUGUAAGGAGAUGCCUGUGUAACGUGUAAUCAGAUCUAUAUGGAUGUGCUGCUUAAGUGGGCUAUACUUCAUGUUGAGUUUUCCUGCUGUUGACUCCCAAGGAUCCUCCCUUUCUCCAAGGCUUCACUAGACUCAACUAAUAGAUUCCAGUCGCUUGACACAGCAAGCGUCUGGCUCCUUUUGCUUUUCCAGGGAGAAGACCUCAAUCAAAGUAGAUAUGAGGUUCAAAUGCUUAACUGUUUGGCCAGAAAAAACACACCAAGAAACCCUGAAAGUUUUUUGUUGAAGAGUUUAUUAUUCAUUUGACAAUACAAAAUAACAGGAGUAUAAACAGCACUUUGGGUAGAAACUAUGAUACAAAUGUUUAUAGAAAAGCUUCACUAAUAAUUAAAAAAAGACACAUACAAAAAAAGACAAAAUAACAAAGACAUCCUCAUGUCAGUGUGCAAAUAAGUUUAUACAGACAGAAACGCUUCCAUAUGAGGCUACGCUUCUAGAUAAAUUAUUUAAAUAGCAUAUAUCUACACAAAUGAAAUAACCUCGACAUGACACAAACAUAAUAAUUUAUCAAAACUGCACAGGAAAUACAUAUCGCAAUACAUACUCAAGACAACAUUUCUUUAAUCCUUUCCUGUUCGGGCUUCUUUUUGCUACAAAAAUAUCUUAUAUACAGAAUAUAAAUGAUACUAAAGUCUUGCUUAAAAAAAAGAAGCCAACCAAUGUACACUCUGUUGCUAAGACAAGUGAUUCUUGUGUAUUGCUGUCCUCAAUACAAAAAGAAUUAAUGAGGUAAUAUUUGUACAUAAAGGGUUUCCUUUUUUCCCUUGUCAGAAAUGUACACACAAGCUCAGGCACACAAGUCAUGCACACUGUGCAGAAGCAGAAUAUUUAGAUAUAAGUGAUGCCUAUUUUUUUUACAUUUUACUGUUUUGGUCAGAGGCAGUUGUUCUAUCUUUAGAGGAUCUUGAUUUUUGUCAAUUGGAACUGGGUUGCUGAAAACACUUAACGAUGGUAGGAUGCAGAGAUGAGCGAGAAUUAAAGCUUCUAUAAUGAAAAAGUAAAUACACACAGCCAUACUUGCAGUAAUCUGAGGAAAUAGACUGGCCCUUGCUGUUUAUGUCCCUUGACACAUUCCAUAAAGAUUAGAGAUAUUAACAUAAUAUUUGCUAUUAUUACUGUUCCAAAGCAGUGUAGCGUGCCUGCUUUGGGGCCCUGUGCUGUCCUGAAUUUUGUGCUCCUUGUUUCUUCUAGUGCUCUUUCCUGAGAAGACUAAUGUUUUGGGCCAGCCCUAAGCCUGGGCUAAAUACAAGACCUCAUAUAUACAUGUCUAUGAGAGUGGUGUGAGGGGUCAUCAGAAGAAUUUAAAUCAAAUUUUGACUCAGCUGUCUUCGUAACUAUGCUUACUGGGUGGCACACAUGCACAAACACACAAACGACAUUCACUCUCUUUGAUAGUAACAGUCCGUCCAUACUGUCCACGGUCCCUCAACAGUUCCUUCAAAGGGUUCUUUUUCACCCCAGUCUAAGAAAGUUCUCCUACUGCUUUCUUCAUACUGUAACAAGUAUCUUUGAGUCCACAGCAGAUGUAUAUUAAUGCUCAAAAAUAAUAAAAAAGUUUAAAAACACUCUUCUCUUUGAUCCCUCCUCCACAGAGGAAUACCGCCAACAGUUCAGGUGUGCAAAGCAAUAAAAUGUGGCCCUCUUUCAAUGCAGAUUGGAGCAAACAGAAUGAGAGAGCCAAUGUCUUCUGAGCAGUGCUGCGCUCGCAAUUUGAGUUUGGUGCAGAUUUAUCGUUGAACUUUCAUUUGGCUUUAACUCCUGAGGUCUCUUUACCUCAUGUUAGGUCACUUGCUCGACAUACCUCCGAUGUGCAUUUCUCUAAGGAAAAAGUUAAAUAGAAAUCGAUCCAGGUCUUGUGUUAAAGAUUCAUAUUGAUACAUUCUUCUAGAAGACUCUGUGGUCCAAUUAUGAAUCUGAAAGAAAUUACAGACAGAAAACAUGUUACAAAUGAAGUCGAAAGUAAUGAAAAAUGUUUUUUGACUAACAGUCACUUAUGUGCUUACCUCUGCAUUCAUAUUUGAGGUCUGAGAAGUAAACCAUCUCCUGAGAAAAGACGUACAAGCCUAGUCGCCCACCAGCAUAUGUCUUGUCAAAGAUGUUUCCAGAAUCAGCCAUGAUUCUCUUGCCUUCAUACAUGACCACUCUAAAAAAGAGAAAAUGUAAUCACAUGAGUUCAUAGCCAUUUUAACAUAAAGUAUGCAGAUUUGUAUUUGAAUGAAGGAGCAUGCUUCUGAGGUUUUGAACUUACCUAAUAAGUCCAGUCUUGGGUCUAUGGGUCAGAUGCCAUCUGUAGGCUGUGAAGUCCUUCCAGCCAAUGUUCUUGGGGUCGUGCCACAGAGUGCGGACCUGGAAAUGAUGAAUUCCAGCGGUUAAAAUAAGAAAAGUACUUUCUUAAAUUAUGUGUCAAAUCCUAAAUCAUCUAUUCUAUGCUCACCUGUCCUGGGGUGUCUCCAGUGUGCCACAGAGCGUUCCUCAGAUGUUCGCCAGGCCCAGUGGUGGAGUUGACCACUUUGAUUGACAAGCCAGAGUAGCCCUGAGCUCUUGUGGGUGUGUGGGACCAGUACGUCUGUGUGAUCUGUUUCCACAUGACUGUGUAAAAGCGAGAGCUGGACUGGUAGCCAAACACGAACCCAGCGUAGUCGUCAUCUCUGUCAGUGUUGAUGAAGAACGUUCCACUGAAAUCCACUGCACUGAACUCAUCAUAACCUGAGGUGAAAAAGACAUGGUUUAGAAUCACUUCACCUUUCCUCCUUUGUGUAUAUGUUCUUGCAGCAAAACGUCUGUGUGUUACAUACCGACAGCAAUGCCAGGGUCACAGUUGACAGUCUGCACCAACUCUUUGCCCUGAUGCCGAACCACCCAGUUGGGGUCAAUCUGAGAGGUGCCCUUGGGGUCCAGAGGAACCAUCUGGAAUCUGCGGAAGUCGGUUUCACUGAUAGCAAAGUUCUCCGGGCAAACAUCAUAGAUGUCCAAAACAUUGUCUUGGUCAAAAUCGUCCUUGCACACAUCACCACGGCCAUCACCUGAGAGGAAAAUAUGUGCAUGGAAAUCAUAACGAUUAAUACUGUGAACAAGAUGCUAUAAAAUGAUAAUCCACUGGAAAAAUGGCACCAGGGUUCUGUAGGAUCACACUGAUAGACAGACUCACCAUCAGAGUCCACUUGAUCAGGGUUAAAGGCCAGUCUGCAGUUGUCUUUGUCAUCAGGAAUGCCAUCAUUGUCGUCAUCGUGGUCACAGGCGUCACCCUUGCCGUCCUUGUCAUGAUCAGCCUGGUUGGCAUUAGGGAUGUAGGGGCAGUUGUCCAAGUUGUUCUGGUGACCAUCCUCGUCAAUGUCCUGGUUGUUGUCGCACUUGUCUCCAAUGCGAUCUGAGUCAGAGUCGAUCUGUGAAAGAACAGAAUUUCUUUAGGAUGAGAUUUUCCAAAGACCAACACUGUGCACUGUAAGACGCUUGUCCUCACUUCAAAUAACUCCCUCCACUGUUUUUCACCAGCUUCGAUAUGAGAGGUGCUACUCUGGAUAUGAUUUAAAUGCAGCCCCUUGUUUUCAGGUAUGCAAGCAAUGUCCCUCCAGACAAAUGUUCAGUGUCCUUGCACCUCAGCAAAAUUACACAUUCAUAUUUUUUUUCAAAAGUAGGAGAAAAGAAGAGAAGAGGGAGCAUUGUACUCGUUUUCCUCAAAGCUGUCACAUUCCUCUCUUUCAUUAAAGCAGAUGCAGUUUGUGGCCUUGACACUGGGAACUUCUACACAGUCACAUGUCAGAUUAAGCUUUAUCAAUCAUGGUAGCUGAAAUGUAAAGGUGAAAUGUGACAUCUGUGGUUACCUGAUCAGGGUUGUGCUCCAGAGGGCAGUUAUCACAAUGAUCUCCCACCCCAUCCCUGUCAGUGUCUCUCUGGUCCACGUUGUAAACAUAGGGGCAGUUGUCGUUCUCAUUCAGAAUGCCUGUUGAGAGAAAACAUAUGUAUUUUAGCCUUCAUGACUGUGGAAAUACUUUAUAAGGCCAAGAAAAAAAAGAUCUUGGAUUGAAUAUGAAGAAAUGACUUACCAUCCCCAUCAAUGUCAACAGCACAGGCAUCACCCUCUCCAUUGUUGUCAGUGUCGGUUUGAUCAGUGUUGGCUUCAAAUAUGCAGUUGUCACAACGAUCCCCAACAUCGUCUCUGUCUGCGUCAUACUGGGCAGGGUUGUACACUCUUGGGCAGUUGUCCUAAAGAAAUAUAAAAAGAGAAAUAUGAGUUUGAUUACUAAAAUGGGUCAUAGCUUGAAGAGAUAUUUAUAGGUACAAAACUUUGCUUUUCCAGGCUUGUUUUUUUCUUCCUUUAGCUGGAAUGGGAUAUUCUUACCACUGCAUUUUUCUUGCCCAACUUUCCAAGUCCACACUAAGAAUUAUGGGCAACAAGCCACCUUGUCCUCAAUUCUGGGUUUAUGCAGAAAUUAUAUUACCCUAUUUCUGUGCUACUGUCUUUCCACUUUAACUCGCUGGUGAAAGCACACAACCAUGAAGACUUUACAUUCCUGCAGCCCAGAGGAAGGAUGGCUACAGCUGAUUGCUAUGUCUGGUCUCUGAGGAAAGCACAAUUUUGGGCUAAAAAAGCUGCUGUGAUUACUCACCCUGUCAUCGGGGAUCCCAUCAUUGUCAUCAUCAUGGUCACAUUCAUCACCCAGACCAUCUUUGUCAUGAUCUUCCUGGCCAGAAUUGGGAAGGUUGGGGCAGUUAUCCUGUAAAGAAACAAAGGAAUGGUUAAGGAGGCAGUUAUCACAAUAAUGGAGUGCAGAUGGAUUAUAACAGCCUUGUGGAUUUUGUCCAUGUGGGGGGUGGCUACCUUCUUGCAGUGAUAGGUGGCGUUCUCCACACACAGCAGGUCAGUGUUGGGCCAUCCAUCCAAGUCACUGUCCUCUCCGCAAAUACGGCCAUUCCCGGCAUACCCUGGCUUGCACUCGCACCGGAACAUGGACUCGGAGAAGACGCCCAAGUAGAUGCAGUUUGCAUUUUUAUGACAGUUGUGGCUACCGUCUUGGCAAGGAUUACGGGGAGCGCAAACCUAUAGAAAAUUACAUAGGGUUUAAAAAAAUUGCAAACUGCUAACGUACUAGCCACAAACACAGCAAAUAAGUAAUAAUCUAAACCUGUUUUUUAGCUGUUGCCUCUUCCACUCCUCUUCCAAAGGGCUGAGGACCAGAGAAACGUGCAGGGCAGGGCAGGCAGUUGUAACCUGGCUCAGUGUUCUCACAGCGAUGGACUCCGUUAUGAGUAUGGCAAGCAUCAGGGACCUCUUUACAUUCAUCGAUGUCUUUGCAGGUGAUGCCAUUUCCAGUGUAGCCAAGUGGACAUCUGCCACACUUGUAAGAGCCAUCGGGGAAGCUGGUGCACUUUGUUCCAGAGAAACAUGGGUUGGAGAGACAGCCAUCUGUGGAUAGAAAGAAUUAGCACUAUUUUAAAAAAAAAAGUCUGCUGUGACUGGAAAAAUGUGUUUUAGUAACUAGUAAAGCUUAGAUGCUUACCAAUGGGGCACUCCUGUUUGUUGCAAAUUUGAGACAUAGUAGCAUCACCAACACAGUCUUUUCCACCAUAUUUAGGAGCAGGGUCAGAGCAGAGACGUUUACGGUUCUGGAUUCCUCCAUUGCAGGUAGCACUGCAGGUGUCCCAUGGUGACCAAGGUCCCCAACCUCCAUUGACUUAAAAGUAAAAAACAGUAUUUACUAUUUUGCCCUGAAUACAUACGCUCUAUCAUUAACUUGAAGCAGAUAUUUAACUUACUAGGACAGGGUGACUUCCGGCAGACUUUAGUUUGACGUCCCACUCCCUGGCAGUCUCUACCACCCAUCUGGGGUGUGGGGGAGUUGCAGAGGCGGAUUUGGGUGAUGACCCCCUCACCACAGGUCACAGAGCAUGAAGACCAGGGUGACCAGUGGCUCCAGCCUCCAUCCUGUUUGACUGUGAGUAAUAAAUACACAAUUAAUUCAGAAUGCCCUCAAGCAGAGAGAAUGUAUUGUCACAAUGGCAGUGUCAAGAAUAUUUAGUGACUUACAGCGUUUGUCACAUUCCUGUGGGUAGCAAUCACGGGUCUGGACAGAGGUGCCCUCACACUUGCUGUUGAUGCGGUCGCAGGAGCGUCCACGCUGCUGGAUGCCACGGCCACAAGUCACCGAACACUGGGUCCAUUCAGACCAUGCGGACCAAGCGUCCUCUUCUGGAUCGCGUUCUGGAGGGGUAGAGAAAAAGUGUUGGACUCGUUUCUUUGGGGGAAAGUGAUCAAGGAUGAAAUUUAGAUAAAAAUCUCAAAGGAAACUUACGAUUUCCACAGCGAGGGCAGCACUCUCCAUCGGGCACAGUGGCGUUAGCACAUGAUACCACAGGGCAGGAGAUUUUGCGACACACAGUAGCGGAGUUCUGGACAGAGGAACAGUUUAAUGAGUACAAGAAUAAUGAGUUAGCUGACAGGCUACACAAGAAACAAGGCUUUGUUGGUACUGCUCCAAGCCUAAUCGCUAAAUUUCCCAAUGGAAUGAUCUUAUCAGGGACAUGGCACUCCUGCUGUGUUGAAAGCAUAAUCUUUGCUAACACUCCCCCACUAAAAUCCAAAUAAUUACACAACACAUAAACACUCUGUACUAGAUUAUUGCUAGAAAUAAAAGAAAAAAAGCCCCAUGCUGCUUGGUUGAUAGUUGCAGACAGAGUGUUGAUGUGAAGGUGAUUAUAAAUGGAGGUGUAAAGGUAAACACUAUUAUGACUUUGCUGCAGCAGGGGUAGAGGAAGUACCGCUUUCCUUGGACAGCUUGUUCAAAGGUUGCAUUCCAGCUGGUGUGAUGACGCUUACCUGGCAGGUGCACUCCGUGCAGCCGUCCACGGUCCAUUCCUCUUUGUCUUGGUGCACGAUGCCAUUGUGGAUGCAAACUCCACUGUGGAUGUUCAUGUAAUUUUUUAGGGAUAUACUUUCCUGAGACUGAGGGAAGAGAGAGAGACACACAGAGAAGGGGGCUGCUCAGUAUGGAGGAUGGAAAACUUUCACUUUGCCAAGGUUCCAAUACAAAUGAAUCACCGACCGACACUGUGAUUAAGACAUUGCUGGAAUCUAGCGAAGCAGUGCAAAUGCGACCGACAGCCAAACAUAUUUGUGUAUUCACAUGGGUCUCAUUAAGGACUUGGCUGGGGGACUGCCAUUACAGCGACAAGUGGCUACGUACUGGGAAUGCGUUAACUGGAAGCAGAGGGAAAGAUGGGGAGGAGAGAGGGGAAAAGAGGGAGUGAAUGAUGACAAAGAGCAGACCCUGAUGGCCCUUCGAGCUUACCACUUUCUGGAGCUCGUUUGACAGCUGCUUAACCACCACAUUGAGUCCUUUGAGCUCCCUGAACAUGCUGGCUAUGUCCUCACAGGAGAAGCCGCAGACAGACUGCAGAUCUGGAUAGAAGAGAGAAGACUCCAAUAAAUUAUCUGCACUCUGAAAGCGCACAGCUGAAUAAGGAGAACAGAGGCACAAAUGUAACUCUUUGGAGGGAGGAGGGGGCUCACCUUUGGCUUUGUGGCCAGUGUAAUCAGUCCUAAUGGCAGGGCUGGAGCCAUUGACUGGGUUGUCCAGGGUCAUGACAUCCGUUAAGGCAGCUGCAGGGGGGGAAGAGGAGAGAAGACAAAUUACCUUCUGUUCACACACUGAGGAAAUCUAUUUGCAUCCUUGUGCAGAUAUCAUCUGUUCCAUACCUCCACUGUGGCAUCCCUUAUUUCUCAGUAUGGCAUCCAGAGUGGUACCAAAGACAAAGCGCACAUUCUGAAGCACUCCCUGAAAAGUAAUUGAUAAAGAGAUAAAUUAGACCCUCAUGCUAUUAAAUUAUUUGAUUCACUCCUGAGCCAAAAAAACUACAGAUACUUACCAUAAAUUUUUCCUUCACAGCUCCCUUUCCAAUCCUGAGCUUGGCAAUGUCUGCCACCUCCCUGGCCAGCACCGUCUGGAUGGGCACAUCCAUCUCUGACACGUUGAUCUCCUCGCAGCCCACGUAAAGUUGCGCACGGUCAUCCUGAACGAACAGCGUGAUGUUCUUCCAGUGUCCAGUUGCCAAAUUUGCAUCCUCGAUGGACACGACCUGCUGCUGGCUCUCGGUGGAGUACACCACAUCCAGGGUGUUCGCCUUGCCGUUGGAAAUGACCUCGAAAACGGGUCCGGAUCCGUCAUCCUUCUCGAUGGUCAACAGGCUGCCCCUGUUCUUCUUGAACUGCUUCAGGUUCACCAGGAGGAGGAAGCCCCGCUCGGCCUGGAUGGAGUCGAGCAGGUCCCUGAAGGAGCUGUCGGGGACGUGGGGGAUCAGGUCUGCGUUCAGGACCUUGUACGCGGGGCUGUUGGGAUCUGCGCCUUUGACCAAACUCACUCCGUUGUGCCUCUUGUUUACCCGGGCCAGAUCGAACAAGUCAUACACACUGUUAUCAUCUCUGCUCUCUGCGGUCAGAGGAAACAAAGGCACCGGUUAUUCUUCUUUUUUCUCACAGAGAGUGCACGAGAAACAAAGAAAACCACAUAGAAACCGUGCGUAAUUUUCUAUAACAGCUGUGCGUAAUUUUCUAUAAAAGUUACGAUUUUGCCUUUGUAGACUUCAAUAUAAGUAACUUCAAAACUCUAACAGUGAGUCUAAAAGCCACAAAAAAUGAGUUAAACAUGUUAAAAACAUAAAACUCUUAAUAAAUAUAUUCCAUCCUCACCUGCCAACCGUGCGCCCUCACAACUCCAAAGCAUCAACAGCAAAAAGAUGCCGCACAGCAUCAUCUCCGAAUCUCAAGUGAACCCUACAGCAACCAAAGAACAACAGUUAGACCACUAAACACAUCCAAGUGAAAUCUCAGCAUCUUAAAUAAAAAAAAAACCCUCUACAAACCUUUAAAAUGAAAAUCCCCUCUGGAUUAUAAAAAAAAGUAAUAUAUGAGGAUAAAAAGUCCUUGCGUCUGAUUAUUUAUCCCCUUUUCUCGUCUUUUUGCUCUGACAGAAGCUCAGCUGCUGAAGUCUCUGUGAGCUCCCGGUUAUUCCGAUGCUUCCACUGAUUCUACUGACUUAUCCCUCAGAUAUAAGAGCUAUUUAAACAGUUGAAGGACAUUCCUCAGGUCGGCCCUGAACCAAUGAGGCUGCUGCAGCAGAGAGGGACGGACUUGUUUUCUUACCUCACAGCCAGUCAGAGGAAUAUCCGAGACGCACCGAGGGGAAAAAAUGCAUUCCUGAGCCGAAUUUCCAUCACCGGACAAAUAUUUCAUACACGCACCGACGCCAAGACUCGAUCGUUUCCGAUCAAAUAAAAGUUUAAUUAUUCAGCCAAAUAAGCUUCAAUCUAUUCUGCUGUCAUUUUUGAUUAAUAUAUAGGUUUUGAUUUUUUAAUAAGAUCCAAAAUAUGUGGCCCAAUUAAUCCAGUAGAUUGGUAACACAAAACCAAUUAUGAGUGGGUUUAAAAGUCACAUAAAAGAAUAAAGUGUAUUCCAUAAGUCACACUUAUGUCUGAAUGCAAGCUCAUAUUUAUGGCAUAGAGAGGGAAACUUGAAGGUUUAUGCAGUGCUUCAUGUUUUGUUAUGACUGUGGUGGCCACCAGGGGACUCAGUGGGUAACGAAUAAAGUGUUCUGUGUGUGUGAGAGUCAGAGAGAUGACAGAACCUGGUCUCUGGAUUUCUCUUGACCAAUAAUGCGUAUUUUUAACAAUCUAAACAGAUGCCCAACUCAAGCAUGUGUUUAAAUGUUUAUUGCAUACUAAUUACACAAUACAUCAAUAAUCUAAGCAUAAAAAGGCCAAAACUGAAUAGGAGAGAGUCCAAAUUAAGAGUGAUUCUACAAACAUAAAUGAACUAUGUAGUUGCUUAUCUAUUUAAUUGUACCCAUGUGCUGCAAAAUGCAAAAAUGAGGUGCUAUUCUGAACAAUUAUUUCAUGCCCUCUUUCAUUGUUUUCUAACUUGUUUGGACAGAUUUUACUUCACAGUGGUGGCAGAAGCACUCAGAUCUUUUAUUUAAGGAAACGUACCAAUAUACUCAUGUACAGAUAUUACAGGAAUGUCAGAAAUAGUAUAAGUAAAAUGUACUGUACUUUACCAUAAGUAUUGGAACUGACAGAAAAUGUUGCAUAUGUCUGAAAUAAUAUUAUAUACAACAUGAUUAGUUUGGUAAUACUACUGCAGCAAUGGGGGAAAAAACAUUUUACUAUGGUUCUUAGUGGAGGUGUAGCUGGUUUAAACAAUUUUAUAUAUACUUUGGCUUGGGAAAAUAAAUCUGAGCAGUCAUUAGAUGAUGAAUGAGUCAGGAAUGAAGAAGAAGGAAGUCCUGCUAUGAAACUUUUUAGUCCUUGUUUGGACAUUUUCGUUGCAGAAUGAUGGAUAAUUUGACCUCUUUGACCCUUUACCAUUCAACUAAAUGAAAGUUUGUGAGAAGUUUUAAUGGGAAAAUCCCUCAUAUGAGGAACUACUUACAAUUUAAAGAGCUCUGAAAGGUAAAAAACUGCCCCUGUAGAAUUACAAAUAUUUGGAACCAUAUAUUGAAUGUUCGAUAAUGUGUAUUUUAGCUUUUUUUAAACUCUUAAUCUGUGUACAACAAUGCAAUCAAAUCAAUGUUAAAUCGAGGAAGUGGAGUCAGUUGUGGAUUAUUUCAAAUUAUUUCUGACAAGACAUGAAAAUCUCAUUACCUUUGAGCAAAUUCUCCUUCCUGCUAAGUUAACGGUUAAACUUUAUGGCUGAGCAUUUAACCUGUGGGCUUUUCCCGCUCUCUCCUCCUUCCCACACCAUCACUGAGUGUCUUCAUCUUGACACAGACCUGCUUCAGUUCACCUCACUCCAGAGAUGCAUUCGGCUUUUUCCAAUGAAAAUCAGUGUUGGCAGACUUUCUGAAUCACGCCAGCUUGCGGACUUGUGGAUGCACAGGGAGGCUGAGGGAAAAGAGUGAGUAUGUGACAGAGAUGAAAGCCUUCUGGAAAAAUGAGGGAACACCGAGGCGCCUGCAUGCUGUGAUGACUUACACUCUAAAAUAGAGGAGCUGUCUAAAGAUAGAUCGUGGCGUUCUAAUUGUGCUGAGCCACAACAUCUGGAUACCUGUUCUCCAGCCAGUGUAUACAUACCACAGGAACGCAAGAGUUUCUGUGACAUAUAGGAUUUACAACAUGUGCUGCUCACCUUGGUGAAACAUAAACCCACAGGAAGUGAUCAGGCACUAACUGAGCUUCACAGGUCAAACUGUUACUCAAACGGAAAAUGGCCUCGGGGUUGUGAAAUGGGAUCGAGGUGGGAUAAGACUCUCUGGUUUCAUGGAAAAGAUUUUUGGAGCUAUCAUAGGUAGGUGUGACUGGACAUAUCUGUGAAGGCGUGCCCGUCAGCUCACAGCGUGGGACAAGACUGUGUGGAGGUGAAGAGGCUUGCCAAGUUCUGAUGAAUACCCGCUGAACGGAGCCAAAACGGAAACAGCCCAUAGAUAGCAAAGUGUUUACUCUGAGCGUGUUCCCGAGUAUUUCUAUCCAACUGGGGGAGCUUAGAUACAGUGUCAGUGGGUGGGAGUGCAUUUGUGCUCAAUCACAGUAUCUGCCUGCUCUUUCCUACAUGGAUUCGGAUACAACAUCUGCUAACGGAGACUAAUUACCUCAUAUUGCUUAGUCUGUUUCUUUACCUUGCUGGAUAAGCUAUGUUCCAGGCCGUGUUUAACGUAAAUAUAGCACAAUAACCGGUGCCAUAUUCACAUAAAUAAAUCUGUUUUUGCAAUCUGUUUUGUUUUUUUUUUGCAGCGAUACCCUUUUACUAUACCCAGUUCACUAAAACUUUUGUUUUAGAUGUUUAAAACAUCAGGAAGUUCAGUCCAGAGAUUUGUGUGAGAUUUAUGAGAAAACCACUUGAAACCAGCCAGUGCAGUCAGCAUGAGCAGCAACAGCUACACUGACUGUGCUGUAAAAGUUUUCAUAGAGUCUCACACAUACAAUGUAGAGUAUGUCCCAAAAUGUCAAAGUAUUCCUCUAAGCACCACCAUCUUUAACAUAACAGAUAUUAUUAAUUGCAGGUAUGUUGCAGCAAAUAUUGAUGAAUUAGGUUAGUUCAUCCUGACGUGCAGAGAUCAUACUCAGACACUGUUCAACCAAGGAGCAUAGUCAUUCAGCGGGCCUGAUAUACAAUUACCCUCAGUAGUUGCUAUAGGUUUGAAACUGACGACAGCUCAGCAGCCAGACAAAUCCAGAAUGAUGCAGACGCUCUAUGGCAACAAUCUGCAAAACAACAGUGAAAGCUGCACUUUAUAUUUACACUGUAGAAGGUGAUGACAGGUAGAGAAUAUCCGAUAUUAAAAGGUAUCAUUGUGCAGUGUUUAGCAUACCUGUCUUGCAUCACAGUGUACUUAAGCUGGUUGAAGCAGCUACAUGAAAGACAAAUCAGGAAGCCGAAAUAUGAGCUUAUAGCUGUAAGAUGGGAUUUACUGUGUCCUCAGAUGGUCUGUCCAUAUCAGUACUUGUUUGCACCACUUGUUGUGACCAAGGAAUGAAAUGAAACUGCUUCCUCAAUAGAUUUGAGCUCUUACAUGUAUUUGUUCAGCAUAUCACAGUUGUGAUUUGCAUUAUUAUGGACAAAACUGCAAAUCCGACACAACUAAAAUAAUCAAACAUGACAGGAUUUGAUCCUCAAUUUUUUUAUGUUUUCUAAAAGCUGAUUGCUAAAUCUGGGCUCCUUUGAGGUUUAAUAAAAGCUUAAUUCCCUUGUUUUUUGACACUCCAAGCUGAACAUGCUGAUGUGGGGUUUUUCCAUCUGCAAAGUGGCAUCAGUUCUGUUUAUGACUGUAUGGCAACAGCAUGCCAAACAUCUGAUGAUGGGCAGUUUAUAGGAUUGUUAUUACACAAUGUAUGACGCAGCAAGUCACUGGCUUUACAUUGAUUGAGACUUUCUCUAGAAAUUCACUCUGACUAAUCCAUCAAUGUGGAUGGAUGAUAUCACCUACAGGUAUAUUUUUUUACUGCAGAAUAAAUCAUAUUUUUUUAAAACAAGGACGGUGCGUAAAAGGCUAGCAUGUAUUGACAACUUUUUACUUGGCAAGCAGACCUUGCUAGGAGGCAUCAUUCUUCACUUUAUCAGUCUGAAAACAUGCCCAGGGGCAUGAGGGUGUGUAAGUCAUUUUUUAGGGGAACAAAGCUGGAGAAGGAUAGUGGAAAGUGUGAGUAAGACACCAGAAGUCACACAAAGAACAACAUGAGUCACUGAUUAGGUUAGAAAAUGUGGUUACUGGUGAAAUGGUCACUGGUCAUUUUUCAGUUUGGAAACAGUUCUUGUGUCAUGUUAAAGUGCUGGCAAUAAUCCUUAAAUCCUGCCUGGUCAGGUGUGUGUUGUAUAACCUUGUAUGCAACAGUACUAAAUGAUAUUAUCUAGCAAAAUACUGUUCCAAGGAAAAUUGGAAAUCAAAGAUCAUUUAUGAAAAGAAUGAAUGCAGAGUGUUGCCAGACUAAACUAUUUUUUUAAUUCUUUCAGCUGUUUUGUCUUCGGCACAUGCCAGAACAUUAAAAUGACUUGGAACCGUUGGCAGUUGUAAAUCAUUGAUCGUAAUCCAUGCUUGGCCUCGGAGGGAUGAAAGAGGGAAAUAUGGAUAUUACCGGUAGCUUUGGAGCUGGCGCAGCUUGGCGAAGAUGAUGUUCUGUGAAACACUAUUAUAUGAGGCUUUCUCUGUCUGUGGUAAAAUGCAGUCUGAGAAAAUUCUCCAUGUAAGCAUUUUCCAAUAUUCUCCUCUCAUUCUAAUGCACCAUUAAUCAAUAUUUUUGAUAUAUAUACAGUAGACAUUUAGCUGCAUGUGCAAAAAUUAAUUUCACUUUCAGGGAAUCUAGUUAGUGAAAAACUGUCACUGCAAAGAAGCAGAGAGGGAUUAAAUAUUCUCUUUGUGGCAUUUAGCUAGCUCAUCCUUGGAUGUAUGCAUGGAAGAACAUGAUUAAUUGGUUGCAGCGAGUCUGCUCGAUUCCGGCAAGUGAUGUCAGAGUCUGAUUAUGUUGGACAUGAGCUCCGAAAACUCGUCUUUACUUACCGUUUCCAGACAGGCACCAAGUCAGCCGUGGUGCUCCUUGCAUGCCAGUUGUACAAGCAUAAAGCCCCUUAGGUUUAGUGAGUGAUGGCGGUAAAUGCUCACUGCUGUGCUGUGACGUUUCUGCUGCUAAAUGCUCACCUUUGACUAAUGAGCUGACGGACCACACGCCACUCAGCUGUAAGAACUGUACCCAGGAAUGUUAAGGGUCUUUCUGAGAGAAGAACAAGACAGUGUUUGGUUUGUGAAAGAGCUGAGGCUCAUCGCACUGGAGUUCCUGAUGACCACACAAGUGGAUAAUGACUUUUGGGAAAGUGUGUCCAAGUACUUCGACAAGUAGUUGAACUGCAUAAUUUUUGAGGAAAAGUCCACCUUAAGACAACACUGAGGAAGUAUUGUUUGCUUGAUUUAGAUGAUUAAUGUUAGACCUUUAAAAAAAGAGAGAGGAAAGUAAAAAAGAGUGGAAACUUGCAGCAGCUGCAUUGUCAAGAGGUUAUUUAUUGAGAUUUUGUGGAGGGUGAUAAUGGCUUGUAGAUCUGUUAUGGACAGCAUUUCAGCAAACAGUUGCUUAUUUACACAUCCAGCAGAUACAGAGUUGCAGUAGUCAGUUGGAGUCAGGUUUCACUCUCUAGUUCCUCUGAUUUGGUCUUCACCAACUAGUGAUGAGGAUAUCUGACUGUUAACUGACCAAAAUCUCUACUGCACUAGUUGCUGACUUUCAUUAAGUACCAAUUUUUACCAGAUAGUUAGUAUGUCGUCUGCCACAUUCUGACAGCUAGCAUUUCCAUCCAUCCAUCAUUUUCUUCCACAUAACUGGGGUCGAGUUGCAGUGGCACCGGAGUGCUCAUAGAAUUCCUGAGAUCCCGUGCCCCAGAGAUGUUUUCCACUUCCUCCUGGGGUAUCCCAAGAUGUUACCAGGCAAAUUACAUUUGUAAUCCCUCUUGCAGGGUCUGGAUUUGCCCUUUAGGCAGUGGGAUAUUCCCAAAACCUCAUUCCAAAGGCAUCUGCUAAGGUGGUUUUGGGGAUCUGAUUAUGAUACCUCUUGGGUGCCGUCCUUUGUUGGGCUUUGGGCAUGUCCAACUGAGAGAAUCCCCUUGUGUUCAUAAUCUUGUUCUUUCUGUCACAGGAGCAUAAGUGAGAGUUGGGACAUAUACCAGCUGGUAAAUUAAAAGCUUUUUAAAAGCUACAUCUUCACCAAGAUGGUUAGGUACAAUGUCUGCAUUUCUGCUGACGCUGCACCAAUCCGUUAGUCCAUUUCAAGUUCCGUUUUCCAGUCACUCACGAUUAAGAUCCUUUGUGUGGGGCAGCAGCUCACCCCAAACCAAGAGGGAGCAUUCCACCAAUUUCUGGCAGAAAACUGUGGCCUCAGACUUGGAGGUGCUGAGUCUUUUCCCGCUUCACACUUGAUUGCCAACCACCCCCAGUGCACACUGACAGCCAUGGCUUGAUGAAGCCAAAAGAACCAUAUCAUCUGCAAAAAGGAGAGACGUGACUUUUGGGCGCCUUUUACCCCGGCAGCGCCUUGAGAUACUGUCCAUGAAUAUCACACCCACAGCUAGCAUUUCUAAAGGUUAAAAAAUAAGUCGAAAAAGGUGUACCUAUCUGCACAUUGAAAGCUCACUUGUACUUUGUGGGGUUUAUGUUUUUUGGUUGUUUGUUUCCACCUGUUUCCAGCCUUAAUGCUAACCUAAGGUAACUUUCUGUAAAGUUUGCUUCAUAUUUAUUUUAUAGAUAUAGGAGUAGUAUCUGCUCAUUUGUCUCUCAGCAAGCACACAAAAAAAUGUUUUCCCAGAAUGUUGACAUACGCCUUAAAGAACAUAUUUGUAGUCUAUGGAAAUUACAUGCAUCUGUGUGUAAAAACCCAAAAGUCCACAAGAACAAGUGGAGCAGCUCCAGGUUUUAGCUCGAUGACAAUUCAGUGAGUCACUUCUCGUCUCUUCAGUAAGAGACCUGAACAUUCAGUCCAAGACAGUCAGUGAUGUAACAUUUGUUUUACUGUCAAAAACAAAAAAAAAUUAUCACUUCCAUUGUACCAUUGCAAAAGAUUUCACUAAAAAUACUUUGUAUUGUAUUAUUGUUCUUUUGGAAGUACUUCGGAAGGACCACCAGGGAACUGUGGAUGAGGUUUUGGUUCAUGUGACCUCACUGUAAUUUCAACAUUACAUGGAAAUGGUUUGUGAUGUUAAUGAGAGGAGAACCUGGUCUUUUAGCAGAGCACCACUGGAGCCUGUCUCUCCCACGAUUCCACAGUAGAAAAUGAAGAAAGAAAAUAUUUCAUUGAUGGUAUUUCUGCAUAGGCCUGUACAGAACAAACGAAAAGUUAAGAGCAGUAUUUCAUCCUCCCACGCACACAUGCACACUUCCAGUUCAGUUUGCUAUGCUUUUCUUGGCCCUCUCCACACAGAUUUUCGGAAGUGUGUUCUCGGCAUGUCGACCCUGAAGGAUAUUAAACUUCCAGUGAAACAACCUUCGGUGAUGGCAGCCAGGUGAGGCCUCCACGCUGCCAUUUACCUCCCCAGAUACUGUAAAGCCAUUUACAGCACAGCGCAGUGUGCCACUUUGCAUCUUUCCCAUGACAUCAUGGGUCUGCGAUGAUGCAUGGGGUCUAAUUCUGUCAAAAUAACUGAACAGAGUUGGACAUAAACCCACAGGGAGCCCAGCUGCUCAGUGCUGCUACAGUGCAACUUUAAACACUUCCAGGGCUUUUUAUUUGAGUUUUUACAAGAAAACUGAGCUUAGACAAACUGAACUGAGUGACCCUUGACCUACUUACUGCACAACGUGCUGAUGUUGGCUAAUAUUGCAUACGUUUUUGACAGACUAAUUAAUUUUUAAGUAAGGAAUCCUAAAAAUUUUCCAACAUCACGCUGUGCAGCUAAAUCCAAUCUAAUCUUUAAAUUCUCCUGGAGGUCCCAGGGUUUCCAAAGACAUCUAUGACAUGUAAAUAUGUAGAAUGUGAUGCACAAGAAGCAUCAUAUAAAACUGCAGAAUGUUAUAUCUUAGAAAAAGCUAUCCAUUCUUUUUAACAUGGGGUACUAAGUGUAAUGGGUGCACAGUCGCUCGGUGGUCAGCACUGUCGCCUCACAGCUAGAAGGUCCCAGGUUCAUGUCCCAGCCUGGGAUCUUUCGGUGUGGAGUUUGCAUGUUCUCCCUGUGUAGCACUAGAUUUUCUUCUCACAGUCUAAAAUGAUGCUGAGGUUAACUAGUGAGUCUAAACUAUCCGUAGGUGUGAAUGUGUGUGAUUUUUUGUCUCUGUGACAGACUGGAGACCUGUCCAGGUGUCCCCUGCCUUCGCACUAAGUCAGCUGGGAUAGACUCCAGCCCCCUGUGACCCUAAUGAGGAUUUAGUGGUGCAUAGAUAAUGGAUAGAUGGAUGGAAUAAGUGUUUAUUGUUGCAGUACAUGGCAUCUCUACAACAGAAUGGACGUCAUGAAACAACCAAGUAUGCAUUAUAUGGGGAAUGAUAAUGGGCAGAUACAGAGCGGAGUCAUAGAGCAGAAAUCACAAAUUAGUAACAAAUCACACAUCUGUGACACAUGGCAUAAAUUAGGUUGCUGAUGCUGCUUGUGGAAUUUUGUCUGACUCUUUCUGAAGCGCUUGGUGAAAUUGGAGCCUAUUUUGGGAAAUAGGACCAUGCCAGCUCCAAGAAGCCAACAGGCCUUUGUCGUCUUUCUCUUGUCAUCUGUGGCAUCAUGUUACUUGAAUAAAGCUGCAGUUUAAGCUGAUUAAAGGAGUGUCUUUGUUCUGGUCAUCGUCCUUUAAAGCCACAUAUGACGGCAGUGUUAAUUAACUCAGUGGUUGAGAAUUUGUCAGCAUCUGAAUAGUUCAAAACUAUUUUGUGUACAAUUGGCUAAAUUUCACCACUUUCUGCUCAUAUCAAUUGAAAUUAGAAUUUGAACUUUAUCUCCAUUUGCAUAUUCUUGUGGUCACACAGGGUCAGUGCAACAAGCUGUAAACACAGCUUUGAUGCAUUCAUCUCCUUACAAUGUGAGCAAACAUCCUCUUGAUUUCACUUAUUAUUAUUUUUUAUUCUGGGUGGUUGUUAUUUUAUUAUUGAAAGAGUGGUAUGUGUUGUCUGUGCAGCAGACCCCAUCUGUCCAAGACAAAUUUCUCCCAAGGGAGACUAAUAAAGAGACCUUAACCUUAACCUUGA